AUGUUUCACAUGGCCAGUAUGAUGGGAAACGCUCUCAUUCUGCUCACUGUGACUUCUGACCCUCCCUUGCACUCCCCCAGGUAUUUUCUGUUAGCCAACCUCUCCUUCAUUGACCUGGGUGUUUCCUCUGUCACUUCUCCCAAGAUGAUUUACGACCUUUUCAGAAAGCGCAAAGUCAUCUCCUUUGGAGGCUGCAUCGCUCAGAUCUUCUUCAUCCACAUCAUUGGUGGUGUGGAGAUGGUGCUGCUCAUAGCCAUGGCCUUUGACAGAUACGUGGCCAUAUGUAAGCCCCUCCACUACCUGACCGUUAUGAGCCCAAGAAUGUGCAUGUUCUUCUUAGUGGCUGCCUGGAUGACGGGCCUUAUCCACUCUGUAGUUCAGUUGGUUUUUGUAGUAAACUUGCCCUUCUGUGGUCCUAAUAUAUUGGACAGCUUUUACUGUGACCUUCCUCGGUUCAUCAAACUUGCCUGCAGAGACACCUACCGACUGGAGUUCAUGGUUACAGCCAACAGCGGAUUCAUCUCUUUGGGCUCCUUCUUCAUACUGAUCAUUUCCUAUGUUGUCAUCAUUCUCACUGUUCAGAAACACUCUUCAGCUGGUUUAUCCAAGGCUCUGUCCAUACUUUCAGCUCACAUCAGUGUGGUAGUUUUGUUCUUUGGUCCUUUGAUUUUCUUCUAUACAUGGCCAUCUCCCUCCACACACCUGGAUAAGUUUCUGGCCAUCUUUGAUGCAGUUCUCACUCCUGUUUUAAAUCCUAUCAUCUACACAUUCAGGAAUCGAGAAAUGAAGAUGGCAAUGAGGAAAGUAUGCAGACAAUUGGUAAAUUACGGGAAGAUAUCCUAA